AUGUACGACGACCUCGACAACAACGGUCCCAGUGAGGAUGACGACGAGAGCGAUACCGAGUUUCAGCGCAGGCUAAUGGAGCUCUCAGAGGUUGAUCUAGGAAAGGGCUUAAGCGAGAGGUUGACACUCCGGGGUCCCGAUCGACACCCCGGCAUCUCGGCAAAUGACGCACUAUUGGCUCGCAAUCACGAAGCGAGUACAAAGCUUCGCCUCCACUCCUCUGCCGCUGCCUCUACUGAGGCCAGAGCCGCGCAACCAGACACCAAAGAAAUGAUUAGCCUGCCACUCUCCGCCGACGAGCGGGCGCAGUACAAGCCCAGUGAGAGACGAAGCUGGCUGCGGCGCAUCCUACUUCUACCGCUCGCCGCGGGCGUCGUAUCCCUCGUCCUCCUCAUCACACCGCGCCCCGUACUCCUCCUCCAUCCGAGUCCACUUCACUACGCCGCACACGCCCCGAGCGUGACGUGCCCGGUGCAGCCCUCCGCACUGAUCCCCGCGCUCGCGUUCGACCCCCACGACACUGCCGUGUACACCGAGCGCCUGCGGGGCGCCGUGCGCGUCAAGACGGAGACGUUCGAUGGCGCACCGACCGUGGGCUCGGAUCCGUGGUUCGACAAGUUCUUCAAGUUCGAGGCGUACUUGCGCGCGACGUUCCCCGAUGUAUUUGCAGCGCUGAAGCUGGAGAAAUUUGCAACCCAUGGGUUGCUCUUCACCUGGAAGGGGAGCGAUGCUGGUCUGGCCCCGAUCGUUCUUAUGGCACACCAAGAUACGGUUCCAGUACCCGCCGACACCGUUGACCGUUGGACCCAUCCGCCUUUCGACGCUGUUCUGGACAAGGACGGGUGGAUCUGGGGCCGUGGUGCGGGUGACUGUAAGAAUCUGCUCAUCGCCGAAUUGUCCGCCAUCUCCGAGCUCCUGAAGGCCGGCUUCAAGCCUGCUCGAACUGUGCAUGUCGCAUUUGGAUUCGACGAGGAGGGAGGACAAGUGCGCUCAGCCCGAGCUUUCGCUGCAUAUCUCGAAGGGCUAUACGGAACUGGAGACGACAAGGUGUUCCUAUUGAUCGACGAGGGCGGUGGUAUCAUGGAAGACUAUCACGGAAAGACCUGGAUCGCACCUUCCAUGGGCGAGAAAGGGAGCACUAACGUGCAGCUCAGCGUCAAUGUGCCGGGCGGCCACUCGAGCAUCCCGCCAGCGCACACUGCCAUCGGCAUCCUCUCUGCGCUCAUCGCCACGCUCGAAGCCAGUCCGCCUGCGCUGAAUCUCGAGCCUGGAAACCCGUUUGCGCAGUUCGUGCUGUGUCUUGCCGAAUACGGAACGAUCGAUCCUGAACUCCGGGAUCUGCUGGCGGACGAGUCAACGUGGCAUGAGGCAGCUCAGUGGCUUGCUGAGAGGGACCUGGGCGAUGCCGCCCGGCUUUCGACCACCCAAGCCGUUGAUAUCAUCGGCGGAGGCGUCAAAGUGAAUGCACUGCCAGAAGAGGCACAUGUGAUUGUGAAUCAUCGUGUUGCCAGCGGUGACUCUGUACGAGGUGUUCAGGAUCGAUACAUCGAUCUGCUGACACCGGUGGCAGAGGAAUAUGAUGUCGCCGUUGUUGGAUUCGACGAAGAACCCGCCGCUAACCUGACGCGCUACGUCAAGUUUUCUGCCCCGUCCGGAGUCAAUGCCUCGCAAGUGACGCCGGCUAGCGGAGACGCAUGGAGCGUAUUCGCCGGUACCGCUCUCCAUCUGUACCCCGAUUCGGUCGUCGCCCCCUACCUUUCGACUGGAGGGACUGAUACCAGGUCGUACGUUAAUCUGACUAGGGCGAUAUACCGAUUCCAGGCUGUCGACGGGAGCCAGCGUUACAACAUACACACCGUCGACGAGAGAGUGCAUGUCGAUGGGCACAUGAACGCGAUCCGCUUCAUUCAUAGUCUCAUCCAGAACGCGGAUCAGUGGAGAUAAUAUGUGCUAGGUAUUCACAGGAUCCCGCCGCGUGUCGUAAAACUAGCCAGAGGACCACAGAUCUUUGUGUACGAUCUUUGUGUACCACACGUCGACAGCUGACAGCGGAGGAUAAUUGGAGAUACGUUCAUUUACUAGCAGAA